AUGGCUGCAGCCCUGCAGGUCCUGCCCUGUUUGGCCCGAGCCUUCUUGCGCCAGCGGUUCUGGGGGAGUCCAGCAACCCGAAUGGCCAGUGGCAUGGCCCUACCAAAGCUGGCACGGCAGCUAUUUGAAAGCUCUGUGGGUGCUGUGCUGCCAGCCCCUGUUGCACCGGCACUAUCCUUCGAUCCUGAUAGUGGGCAGCUGAAGGUGCGGGACCGGAGCUUUCAACUGCGGCAAAACCUUUACCUGGUGGGCUUUGGUAAGGCUGUGCUGGGAAUGGCAGCUGCUGCUGAGGAGCUACUGGGCCAUCAUCUCGUACAGGGCGUGAUCAGCGUUCCCAGAGGGAUCCGUGCGACCUUGGAGCAUGCUGGCAAGCAGGAGAUGCUGUUGAAGCCACACAGCCGUAUCCAGGUAUUUGAGGGUGCAGAGCACAACCUGCCGGACCGUGAUGCACUACGGGCUGCACUAGCCAUCCAGCAGCUGGCCAGAGGUCUCACAGCUGAUGAUCUGCUGCUUGUGCUCAUCUCAGGUGGUGAGCCUGAUUCUGUCAGCGGUGGGGGACCCUCUGGAGUUCAUCGCCAGUGGACCCACUGUGGCCAGUGUCCACAGCGUGCAAGAUUCCCUGCACAUCCUCAAUCGCUACAACCUUCGUGCUGACUUGCCGCGUUCUGUGAAGACUGUGCUGGCUCAGGCCGACUCUGA